AUGGUGACUCACAAGUGCCAAACAUCGUGGGGUACGAGCACUCAUGCCGGGUGUCCUCACAUUGUGACUAGGGCGCAGUGGGGCGCCAGGGCACCUCACUCCGUUAGCCAUCUUUCCGGGGCUGUGAAAUACGCCUUCAUCCAUCACGGAGAGAGUGGAGCCUGUUCCAGUCAGAGCUCUUGCUCCGCCAUUGUCAGGAGCUAUCAGAAUUACCAUAUGGACACACACGGGUGGAGCGACAUCGGAUACAGCUUCCUGGUCGGCGAAGACGGCAACGCUUACGAGGGACGUGGCUGGGACAGGAUAGGAGCUCACACACAGGGCUACAACAGUGUUGGUCUGGGUUUCUGCAUGAUCGGCAACUUCAUGAAUCACGUCCCCAACAGUGCGGCUCUCAACACCGUCAAGGCCCUCAUUGCUUGCGGCGUCAGCAUGGGGAAGAUUCAGUCCAGCUACACCCUCAGAGGCCACCGCGACAUGGGCAGCACUGACUGUCCCGGGACAGCUCUGUACAAUCUCAUCAGAACGUGGCCACACUAUUGAAAUGUUUGUCUCGUAAUUAUAACCUUGUGAGGCAAUGUGGAUAACGUAAACAUAAUUACAGAAACCGUCCGUCUCAACACAUCAAUAUUUUAAACAUAAUGAAUAUUUGUAAUAAAGAAAAAUAAAAUUGUGACUCAGUUCCUCCAACA